AAGAAGAAGAAGAGACUGUCUUGGUCAGCUGUGUGUGUGUGGUAAAAACAAGUGCGGAUUUAAGUGACUUCUUUCACCUUAUUUCACUCCAAAACACAGACUCGCGAUGCCUGCGGUCUCUAAAGGAGACGGGAUGCGGGGUCUGGCCGUGUUCAUCUCAGACAUCAGGAACUGUAAAAGUAAAGAGGCAGAAAUUAAGAGGAUAAACAAGGAACUGGCCAACAUCCGCUCCAAGUUUAAAGGAGACAAGGCUCUCGAUGGCUACAGCAAGAAAAAGUACGUCUGCAAGCUGCUCUUCAUCUUUCUUCUGGGCCAUGAUAUCGACUUUGGACACAUGGAGGCCGUCAACCUCCUCAGCUCCAACAAAUACACAGAGAAACAGAUUGGUUACCUGUUCAUCUCGGUGCUGGUGAACUCUAACAGCGACCUGAUCCGUCUCAUCAACAAUGGCAUCAAGAACGACCUGAACAGCCGCAAUCCGACCUUCAUGAACCUGGCCCUGCACUGCAUCGCCAACGUGGGCAGCAGAGAAAUGGCAGAGGCCUUCGCUUCAGACAUCCCCAGAAUCCUGGUGGCAGGGGACACGAUGGACAGCGUGAAGCAGAGCGCAGCACUGUGUCUGCUACGACUCAACCGGACGUCACCUGACCUGGUCCCCAUGGGUGAGUGGACGGCACGAGUUGUCCACCUGCUCAACGACCAGCACCUGGGCGUGGUAACAGCAGCCACCAGCCUCAUCACCACUCUGGCCCAGAAAAGUCCCGAUGACUUCAAAACAUCUGUCGCACUGUCCGUGGCCCGGCUCAGCAGGAUCGUGACGUCGGCGUCCAUCGAUCUACAGGACUAUACGUACUAUUUUGUUGCGGCACCGUGGCUGUCUGUGAAGCUGCUGCGCCUCCUCCAGUGCUACCCUCCACCUGAGGAUGCAUCGCUGCGGAGUCGCCUCACAGAGUGUCUGGAGACCAUCCUCAACAAAGCCCAGGAGCCACCCAAGUCCAAGAAGGUCCAGCACUCCAACGCAAAGAACGCCGUCCUGUUUGAAGCCAUCUCCCUCAUCAUCCACCAUGACAGCGAGCCCACCCUGCUGGUACGAGCCUGUAACCAGCUGGGCCAGUUUCUGCAGCACAGGGAGACCAACCUUCGUUACUUGGCGUUGGAGAGUAUGUGCAUGCUGGCCAGCUCCGAGUUCUCUCAUGAGGCCGUGAAGACGCACAUGGAAACGGUGAUCAAUGCCUUAAAGACGGAGCGAGACGUGAGUGUACGUCAGCGGGCUGUCGAUCUCCUCUAUGCCAUGUGCGACCGCAGCAACGCCAAGCAGAUUGUGGCAGAGAUGCUGACCUACCUGGAAAACGCCGACUACUCCAUCAGAGAGGAGAUUGUGCUGAAGGUGGCGAUCCUGGCGGAGAAGUACGCCGUGGACUACACGUGGUACGUGGACACCAUCCUCAAUCUCAUCCGCAUCGCGGGCGACUACGUCAGUGAGGAGGUUUGGUACCGCGUCAUCCAGAUUGUCAUAAACCGAGACGACGUCCAGGGCUACGCAGCCAAGACUGUCUUUGAGGCGCUGCAGGCUCCUGCCUGCCAUGAGAACCUGGUCAAGGUGGGCGGUUACAUCCUGGGAGAGUUUGGUAACCUCAUCGCUGGUGACUCACGAUCCAGUCCUCUGGUCCAGUUCAACCUUCUUCACUCCAAGUUCCACCUCUGCUCGGUGCCGACGCGUGCACUGCUGCUGUCCGCCUACAUCAAGUUCAUUAACCUGUUUCCAGAGGUGAAGAUUACGAUCCAGGACGUGCUGCGCUCAGACAGCCAACUCCGCAAUGCCGACGUGGAGCUUCAGCAGAGAGCCGUCGAGUACCUGAGGCUCAGCUGCAUCGCCAGCACCGACAUACUGGCCACAGUCUUAGAGGAAAUGCCGCCGUUCCCAGAGAGGGAGUCGUCCAUCCUGGCCAAGCUGAAGAAGAAGAAGGGCAGAGGAAACCUGCCCGUCAUCGACGACACCCGGCGGAACGUCAACGGCAACGUUGAACACGCCGAGAAAACCGAAGCACCGAACCAGUCUUCUCCUUCACUGUCGGCAGAGUUCUUCCCUAUCAACAGACCCCGCCCUGUCUCUAGUCCCAACCUGCUCUCUGCUGGCACCACGGUUUCCACCCCGUCCUUCACUGAUCUGCUGAAUCUAAACUCAGCGCCUGGACCUGGAGGCAACCUGCUGGUCGACGUCUUUUCUGACAACGCGGCUCUUUCAUCCACAGACGUGUGCGAGGAGAACUUUUCCCGGUUUGUUUGUAAGAACAACGGCGUCAUCUUUGAGAACCAGCUUUUACAGAUUGGUCUGAAGUCUGAGUACAGGCAGAACCUGGGACGCAUGUACGUUUUCUACGGGAACAAGACGUCGACGCAGUUCCUGAGCUUCACCUCAUCAGUGACCAACAAUGACACUCUCAAAACUCAGCUGAAUAUGCAUGUGAAGACGGUCGAUCCAGUGAUAGAAGGCGGGGCUCAGGUGCAGCAGAUCCUCAACAUGGAAUGCGUGUCAGAUUUCACAGAGGCACCGGUACUCAAAGUCCAGUUCAGGUACGGUGGAAUGCUGCAGAACCUCGCAGUCAAACUCCCCGUGAUGCUCAACAAGUUUUUUCAGCCCACGGAGAUGACGUCGCAAGACUUCUUCCAACGCUGGAAACAGUUGGGAGCACCAGAGCAAGAGGUUCAGAAAAUCUUCAAAGCCAAACUUCCAAUGGACACAGAGGUCACCAAGGCCAAGAUCAUAGGGUUCGGCGUGGCCCUGUUGGACCGGGUCGACCCUAAUCCAGAAAACUUCGUUGGAGCUGGAGUCAUUCACACUAAGAGCAUUCAGGUCGGCUGUCUGCUGCGACUGGAGCCCAAUGCACAAGCACAGAUGUACCGUCUGACCCUCAGGACCAGCAGAGAGUCUGUGUCUCGGCGACUGUGCGACCUUCUCUCUGAACAGUUUUAGACUCUUUUGCUCUCCUCUGACUGGAAGUGACGGAUUGUACUGUGUACAUUAUUUUUAUGAUUGUUAUUAUUCUGCUCAUUUUUCCCACACAGCUUUACUAAUAUGUCUCUGGUUUAAGCCUGGAUUUUUGCAUGUGUGUGUGUGUUAUCUGUAGGGAUAGGUAUGGAGAGCCAGUUCUAAAGAGUUCUUCAUUGGUCAGUACCAAAGUAUCUAUUAGCAUCUGGACAAACGGUGCUGCUUAUGUUUAUUCUCUGGAAUCAGAAAAACACUAACCGCAGUUUGCUCGCACUUUAUAUUUCCCAGCGUCGUGCAGUUACUUUUCAUGUCGCGCUGCGUCGUUCACUCUCGGAUGAAAGCUUUAAAGUUUGGACUUGUGUUGUUACGCUGUGCACAGUUUGCAUUUUCCACUUCCCAUUUGACCCCGAACAAAACUGCCAGCGUUGUGCGUUUACUCCUCAUGUUGCACAGCACUGUUGUUCACUCUCCAGUCAUCACAAGACUGGACUCGCUUUGCUAAAUUUAGCACAAAUGCAGCGACAGUUUGGUCAGAUUUUCCACUUCCUAACCUUCCCCUAAUUAUGACAAAAACUGCCAGCGUUGCGUCGUGUUUACUCCUCAUGUUGCACUGCACUGUUAUUCACUCUCCUGUCACCGCAAAGGCUUUAAAGUUUGAACUCGCUUUGCUAAAGUUAGCGCAGAAAAUUAUUUUUUCGCAACAAAGAUGCGACGCAUUAAGUGGAAAUUCGGGCUAACACUUACAACCCAGCAAAACACUAAUGCUGCUUUUCCAUUGUACAGUUCUACCACUCAGCUCGACACUACUCAGUUUGGUAUCAGUCACGUCGUUUUCCGUGACUUCAUAGUUCGGCAGAGUCAACGUGUGGGCGGAGUCAUUGCAUCAUGGUUUUCUAUGGGACAAACUAGUGACUCUUAAAACAGUUGUUUUGGAUGUAAGUGAAUCGUUAGAAUCAGUGGAUUAAAAAGAUUUGUUCACAGAAUCGUUCAGGAACGAGCAGCGACUCAGUCCGACACAGUCACUGAACUGAAAUACCACUGAGCGGCAGUGGUGUCGCUAAAUACACCAGACUCCUCUCCUCUAUGGACAUUUUAGUUAAAAUUUUUUUACUAAAUUUCCUUUACUAAAUGUUGGAGAUUAACUUAAUGUUUUCAGGGAUUUUUAAGUCUUUUAACUGAUCUACAGUUGGACAUUGUUGGCUUUGAUUGUUGUGUCGGACGUCGCUCUCACAACGCUUCCAGUGACGACUCAAUGACCAAUGAGUAGCCGGCAGUCUGUCUGCGUCACAUUUUAGUAUCGGCUCAGCUCGCAGGUACUUCCACCAGGUACCAUCAGUGAUGGAAAAGCAAAACGAAUGAGUCGAGUCGUGCUAGAAGUAUAAAAUGGAAAAGCACUACCAAGUUGCUACUGUUAGCAUCACUUUUAACAAACUAAAUAAUCCUGAGCACCGAAUUUCUGGGUAAGCAAUACUUUAAAGCCGCUAUCGCACAAUGAAAUUCCGUCGGGUCGGGUCUGUCAAAUAUUAGCAACGCGAGAAUAAAUAGAAUCGUGCAAAGGCCUUUUAUUUAGACAUUAUUUCAGACUUCAGAGUCACAUCUAUGACUGGACUGCGAUCUUAACGCGUUCUGUUCCUCUAUGACGACGAUCGGAUGCUUGUCCGCAGACGUCGAUUUCUGUUUGCAAGAAAAUAAUGAUGUUUUUCAAGAGCCUGAAUGUCAGUGAGAGUGCCGGGUAGAAAAUAAUCAAAACUCUACUUGUGCUGCUGUGACAUGAAAAAAAGAAGAAGAAAGAUUUGAACCAUUAUGAAAGAAAUGAUGAUGAAAGUGUUAAAGGGAUACAUCAGGUUUUUUCUUUUUAAAGUGUGUUUAUGUUGAGGUACUGACGUGGUCUUUGUUUUCAUGAUGUUGACUUCACAUUUGUGCCUUUGAACCUUUUGUGACUGUCAAGAACAAAACAAGUCCUUCAUGUAGCCAAACUGGUCGUAUUGUUAUAUUUCAAUAACAUAUGGUGUAUUUUCUCUCUUUUAUAUAAAAAUCUAUUUUUAAUCACAACUUUGAUGUUUUGAGUCCAAAGGUGAAAAAACACUUCCUGUCGUCAUAUGUGUGCCGCUUUUUGCUUUUUGUACCAUUUUUCUUUUGAUUUGUUACAAUAAUCAAAUCAUUUAUCCUAUAUUUAUCCUCACGCAGAGAUAAGGGGUCAAAACUUUUCUUUCAGGAGCCUUUUGACUAUUUUUACAUGUUUGGCAAAACAGUUAUCUGGACCUCAAAAGCUUUACUGUGAAACUUCUGUGUUCCAUGUUCUAACAAACGUGUGCAUAACCUGUGUUCACCGUCAUUUAGAGUAGAUUCAUAAGGUUUCACAUUUAAAAAGGGAUAGUUGGUUUGUGUGGUUGUAUGAGGUAACGACGCAUACUUAGCAUACUCUGCAGACAACUAUCCUGGUUUUAAUUAUUUAAUCUGUCAGUUUCAGUCUAUUAUAUGUUAAUAAAAUGUACACUGCUUUGUUUCACCGUCUAACAAAGUUUUCCAACAGGAAACUCAGUUUGUGUCGCUUUGUAAAAGUUCAGACAUGUUACUUUACGACUGCUGGGUCUGAAAUACUUUGUUCAGUUGUAUGUUGGGCACAACAACAUACCAAACGAGGCUUUCUGGUGUCCCCAUAAAGCUGAAAACACAGAUUUCCUUCAUGAUUUUUGGCACAGGGGAUUGAGGCGUUUACAAACUUCAGUUUUCUGUUACAAAACCCUAACAGUGAGACGAGGCAACGGACACGUGCGUAAGAUAUUGAGAUAUAUACUAAGACUUAAGUUGAUGUCGAUUUCAAUAUGUGAAUGUCUCUGUAGGGGGCGCUCACAGUGCAGUCAACACUGUGUCAGCACCUCAUACAACCACUUCCAACUCUACUAUAGUUUAGUUAUGUAAUAAUAACAUUAACAGUUCAUUGCAACUUCAAAUGCCAGAUUAUUAGAUGUUUCAGAAUAAAAGAUGAUGAAAGUCUUGUCAUGCGGGA